CCCACAGGCUUGUGGGCAAAAUAAGUAUUGCCCAGGGCCUCGCAAAAGGUGACGCCGGCCCUGCCGCACAGAGUUUACAUCGUUUAUAACAUACAAGGAACAUAUAUAAAAAAAUUCAUUAUGAGUAUAUCGAUCGGAAUACAUAAUGGCAACAAGUGAAUAACCGAUGUUGUAUUCUGUUGCGUGUGUUCGUGCUGACUUGUAUGGUAAAUAGUGUUCAAGAGUUAUUAUCGAGUUAUACGAUUUAUAUUAUGGCGCCGACUGCUCGUGAUGAUGAAUCUCAAGAAAAAAUACCACCACGGCCCGUUGAAAAAAGGGCGGCAUUAGUACGUAAAGUGCGAUAUUGCAAUAUGCUUCCGGACAUACCCUUCGAUUUGAAAUCUAUCUGCUAUUCGUUUGAUAAAUCAAGAUUUAUACAGUAUAAAACAACGUCUUUAGAGAGAUCAUACAAAUUUGAAAUCUUAGCAGAUAACGAUUUAGGAGUUAAAAUCGACUUGAUUAAUAAGGAUAAGUAUACAGUUGACCAUAAUGUAAAAAUGGAAUCUGCUGAUGAAGAAAUAUUAGAAGAAGACAUUUUAGCAUUACAAGACUCUAAGAGAUCUCAACAUCAUGCCAAAAGUGUGUCAUGGUUAAAACGUACUGAAUAUAUUUCUACUGAACAAACUCGGUUCCAACCUCAGACAAUUGAAAAAGUAGAAGCUAAAGUUGGAUUUAGUAUCAAAAAGAACUUUAAGGAAGAAACUCUUUACAUGGAUAGAGACAGUCAGAUGAAAGCAAUUGAAAAAACAUUCAAAGACAAUAAAAAACCUAUCGAAAAACAUUACAGCAAACCAAAUGUUUAUGCUGUUGAGACAUUAAAUGUUUUUCCAGAUUUUAAGAAUUGGAGAUAUCCAUGUGCUCAAGUCAUUUUUGACUCUGAUCCGGCACCAAAAGGUCAGCCAAUACCUGCACAAACAGAAGAAAUGUCUCAAGCUAUGAUUAGGGGUGUAAUGGAUGAGAAUGGUGAACAAUUUGUGGCUUACUUUUUACCAUCCAAAGAAACAGUUGUUAAACGAUGUGAAGAUGCUGUUAAUAAUCGUCCAUAUGAUGAUGACUAUGAAUAUGAGUAUAAAAUGGCAAGAGAAUACGAUUGGAACAUUAAAAGUAAAAGUAGUAAGGGUUAUGAAGAAAAUUAUUUCCUAACUAUACGACCUGAUGGGGUAUUUUACAAUGAAUUAGAAACAAAGGUACGCUUAUGUAAAAGACGACAAAAAAUUGGUGUUCAAAGUAGUAGUACAAAUACAAAAUUAAUUGUAAGACAUGUCCCAAUAAAUGAAGAAGAUUUCAGUCUUCACAAAUUUAGAGAACAACAAUUACAACAAUAUGAUGAAGAAGAAGAGGCUAAUGCUGAAGAAACUGCUAAAAAAGCAGCUGCUAAAAAAAGUGCAAAAGAAAUGGCUACUAAAAAUAAAAAUUACAGUGGUGAUGAUUCCAAAAAAAGGAUUUAAAUUUUGUAUGAGGACUUGAAGGUUGACAGUUUAACCCUUUCAGUACUGUAUGCAUAUUUUAACUAUUACCUUCCAGGACCUAAUAAAAUCAAUAUGUUUAAAAAUUAAAUUUAGAACUAUU